AUGGAGGGGGAGAACGGGGGGACCCCGGCACCGGGAGCGACCCCCGAGGGGCCCAGCGGGGCCGCCGCGGCUCCGGCUCCAGCCGCGGCUCGGCGGCGGCGGAAAGGCGGCAAGAAGCGGCAGGAGGCGGUGGUCACCAUCCCCCGGGGCAAGCCCAAGUCGGGACGCGUGUGGAAGGAUCCCGGGAAGAAGAGGUUCUCCCACAUGAUCCAGGACAAGGCGCUCCGCAGCUCCUGGGCACGGAAAAUGAAGGAGAGGCAGGAGAGGAAGCUGGUCCGGGAUCUGGCACGGCAGCUGGAGGAAGCCAAGCAGAGGGAGAAAGAGGAAAAGAAGCGGCGGCGGGAGGAGAACCUGAAGCGGCGCCUGGAAAACGAGCGGAAAGCCGAGAUUGUCCAAGUGAUCCGGAACCCCCUGAAGCUGAAGAGGGCCAGGAAGAAGCAGCUGAGGCGGGUGGAGAAGCGGGACACGCUGGCCCUGCUCCAGAAGACGCCUGUGAGGCGCAGCACGGCCACAGAGUGAGGCAGGAUUUGGGAUCCUGCUCCUCCCCAGGGGCUUCUCCUCAGCUUGCCAGGCUGGAAUCGCUGCCAGGACCCUCAAUGUUGGACAAACAACGGGACAGAGCUGGGGGCGUGCAUUCCACAGGCACCAGCUGUGGGAUCCCCCUGUGGAAUCAGGAUGCGGCCGGUGCCGGAGGCUGGAACAGAACUUUGCUUUCCCAAAUUUGCCUUGUUCUUAUAAAAAUGAAAAGGAACUGAGACAGAUUCGCCUCCAGUGG